UUUUUAUUCAGGCAUUAGCGGAGGAGCCUCACCAGUCGAAAAAGCGCCAAGUUCUACAGUAGACGUGCUUGUCAGAUUGUUUACCUUUAAUUCGAAAGUGCGUAUUUUGGAUAGACUUUUUGUCGAAAAUGUAAUUCCUUCGUAGUAAACCCUAACAGUAAAUGAAUAAAAUGCCCGGGCUGCAGUGUGAAAGUGGAGUGGUGGCUGUCGCGGGGAGUCCAGUAAAGAAAAGCAAACUGUCUCUCAAGUUCUUCCAGAAGAAAGACACCAAACGGGCCCUGGACUUCUCAGAGACCCCAGCAGAAGAAAACAGCACCGCUGAACCAGAAGAGACUACGAAUCAUGAUCAGGUUGUGCCCAUGCCCUGUCCCUCAUCCCCUUCAACAUGUGAGAAGCAAGAGAGCCUCGUCCCUUUCGUCGGGCUUAAUAAUUUAGGGAACACAUGCUAUCUAAACAGCAUCCUUCAGGUCUUAUAUUACUGCCCUGGUUUUAAAGAGGCCAUCAAGUCCUUGUGUGAUUUGGCUAAACUGAAAGACAAACAGCCAGACGAUGGUACCAAAGCCUCUGAGGAAAACUGUAGUGAGGACACUAUACCUGCUCAUAUGGAGUUGCUGGGCAGUUUUCACAGCCUCGUCUCAUCCGUGGAACAGCUGCAGUCCAGUUUUCUCCUUAACCCAGAAAAAUACAGUGAUGGAGAACUUGCAACACCACCCCGCAGGCUGCUUAACAUCCUGAGGCAGCUAAAUCCUAUGUAUGAAGGCUACCUUCAGCAUGAUGCCCAAGAGGUACUGCAGUGCAUCCUCGCAAACAUCCAGGAGGCCUGUGACACAAUCAAAAAAGAAAUGGACCAAAAAAACGCAACGGAGAGCAACAAAACGGGCGAAUCCACCAAUGAGGAGGACAUGAGCGCUGAUGGACAACUGAGCGGAAAAAGAAAGAGUGACACCGAAGCAGGCAAUGCCAAGAAAAAGCCAAAGUCCCAGAGCAAGUCCAAGAAAAACGUGGAUAGCGCGCCUAUGACCCGUUCGAAACGAAAAUCCUUCAGCGACAUAACCACAGAGAGUUCUCCUACUGACCAGAAUAAUAAAGCAGAUGAGCGAGGGGAAAAUGAGCAAGAGGAGAGAGGGAGCACCACAGAGGAGGAGAAGGUCGACAGUUCCCCCAAAGAGGUGGGCAAGAGGACAAGGAGAGGGAAGCUUGGCUGGCUGAAGCCAUCUGGGAAGCAGCCAAGCAUCUUUUCAAAGUUCAGAAGCAUGGGACGAAUUACUUCACAUGCUGGAGGGAAAGAGGAGACCAAAGAGAAAGUGAAUGGUAGUGUCCAAGUGAAACAAGAAAAGGACACAUCUGAAAAUGGGAGCACAGCUCCUGAAGUUAAAAAGAGUCUGGAAAAGAAAGAAGAGCGAUCAGGCCUGGACGUGCUGAAGUGGAUGUUCCAGGGUCAGCUGGUGCUGCGGACACGGUGUCUGGAAUGUGAGUGUUAUACUGAGAGAAGGGAAGACUUUCAAGACAUCAGCGUGCCGGUACAGGAGGAUGAGACCAGCUGCUCCGACUCCAGCUCUGAAAUUUCUCCAGAUCCCAAGCCUGAGCUGAAAACUCUCAAAUGGGCCAUAUCUCAGUUCGCAUCUGUGGAGCGAAUUGUGGGUGAAGAUAAAUAUUUCUGUGAGACCUGUCAUCACUAUACAGAAGCUGAGAGAAGUCUUCUGUUUGACAAAACCCCAGAGGUCGUCACAAUCCACCUGAAAUGCUUUGCUGCCAAUGGUUUAGAGAUGGACCCUUAUGCUGGCCUUUCCAAGGUGAACACACCUCUGCAGACCCCUCUUAGGCUCUCACUGCACGAGUGGUGCACUCAGCCCGAUUCUCCAGACCAGAGCCAUCACUACGAGCUCUUUGCCGUGGUCAUGCACAGUGGAGUAACCAUCAGCAGCGGACAUUACACCACUUACAUCCGUAUGAUGGAUCUCCAUCGGACCGAUCUCAAGCCACAGCCUCAGGAUGGAGAACAAGAUAGAGAGGAGGACGUGAAACAACAGAAGAAAGACGAGGUUCCCGAGACAGACUAUGAUGAUGGGGAGGUGUCUUUCUGCUUGUCUGGCAGGGGGCAAAAAGGGGCUAACCGGUCAAGCAUCACAAACGCGUCCAGCAAGGCAGGAAGCAAAAGAUGCUCAGAGGGUGUUGCACUCCUUGGAGGACAGAGGAGCAUCACCAGUUAUGAGCUAGGGAACAGCAAACAGGCCAAUCCUGAGAAGACUUCCAGCUUGGCCAGUCGUGCUUCUAUGCCUCAAAAGGUUGGAGUGAAGACUGAGAACGAAGAGGAGGGAGGCGAUGCUACAGGCGACGGGACUCGGGUAAAUCUAGACUCGGCUCUGCAGAACCUUUUGGACUUUGAGGGAAAGUGGAUGCUGUUUGAUGACUCUGAAGUGAGACUCUUUCAAGAAGAGGACUUUCUUCGAGCUUGUUCCCCCGAGACCUGCUCCACGUCUACACCCUACCUGCUCUUCUACAAAAGAAUCUCUCAGUAACGACUGGCCACUGGAUAUGGACAGAAAUUGUGGCAUUACACUGGUCCACGCAGUUCUGUGGAGCAUUUUUGCUCGUAUUAAGUUAGUAUACUUACUUCAUAUGCUUGUGUAACAUGUCAGUGCAAAAGCUGCAUUUGUUAUUGGUAUUGUUUAUAGAUGUAUGAUUUUUUUCUCAGUAUUUUUGUACUCUGCUUUUUCUUGAACGUCAUGCACCCUGGCACUUACUGUGCAAGUGACAAAGUUUUGUUUUCUGUACUUUCAACCAUUCCCUUCAGAUACCUGGAUGGCACAAAAUUAUUUUGUGCACUUAUGAUUUUAAAUAUGUAUUUUUUUUCAAGAUGUAUUAUUACCCAUUCUUUUGAUUCCAAAUUGACCCAUUUUUGAAAGAUGAUAUUUAUAGCAAAUUAAUACAUGGUUGUCACGUUCUGGACACCGCUGUUGCAGCAAUGAAAUAUUACUUUAUUUUUUCCAAACACAAUGAAUUUAAUUUGAAUGUUGGUCAGAGUAUAUUAAUUGUCUUUAUAUGUCUGCAGGGAUAAAGCAACUUAUUUUUCUAGUUUGUAUAAACUAUACCUCAUUCCAGUUGGUGAAGCUUUUUUUGCAGUGUUCCCAUGUUGUAAGCAGACCUGGCUUUAUGCCAUUAUAGUUAGAUAUCUGAAAGCAAUAAAUCAUGGAAAAUGCUACUAUAA